AUGGGGUUUCAGAGCCAUCGCUUCACUUGGCGGCGAGGUCGAACUGAGAGGUAUUACGUUGCUAAGAGGCUUGAUCGAGUGUUCUGUAAUGCUCACGCGAGAGUGAAGUGGCAGGAAGCAUCGGUAACUCAUCUCCCCUUUUUAGCAUCUGACUAUACUCCUCUCUUUGUACAACUUAGUCCGGAGCAGAUAAGGGACCCGCGGCGAAGGCCGUUUCGUUUCGAGGCAGCUUGGUUGCUCCACGGGAGCUUCAAAGAGCUGUUGACAAAUUCCUGGAGCGAUACGGUAUCCACUCCACAGGCUCUUUGUUGUUUACGUGAUAAACUGAGAAGAUGGAACCGUGAUGUGUUUGGAGAUGUGAACAAGCGCAAAGAAGAGUUGUUGACAGAGAUUAAAGCUAUACAAGAAACCCUGGAACUGCAGCGGACAGACGACCUCUUGAGGAGAGAAGAGGAGCUGAGUAAGGAGCUUGACGUGGUGAUGGAGCAGGAGGAACUGAUAUGGUUCCAAAAAUCUCGAGAGAAGUACAUAAUGUUUGGCGACCGGAAUACUCGUUCCUUUCACACCUCGACGGUGAUUAGACGACGAAGGAACAAGAUUGAGGCUCUGAAAGAUAAUGAUGGUCAGUGGGUGUCAAGUCAGCCUGAGUUGGAAUCCUUGGCAGUGGGAUACUACAAGAAGUUAUACUCUAUGGAUGAUGUGGAGGCGGCCGUAGAGGAGUUACCUCCUGAGGGAUUUUCUGUAUUGACCCGGGACGAAUUGAAGCUUCUGGACAGACCGUUUGUUCCAACGGACGUGGUUGCGGCAGUGUGGAGUAUGGGGAAAUACAAGGCUCCAGGGUUGGAUGGAUUUCAACCGGUAUUCUAUCAAGACUGCUGGGAUACGGUUGGAGGCUCUGUUCAGCGUUUUGUCAGCGAGUUCUUCGAGAAAAGUGAACUACCAGUUGGGAUGAAUGAUGCUCUAGUUGUGCUUAUCCCAAAGGUCGAGAAGCCGGAACGGAUAACACAGUUCAGACCGAUCAGCCUCUGCAAUGUUUUGUUCAAACUAAUCACAAAGGUGAUGGUGAUGAGGUUAAAAAGCUUGAUGCCCAAACUGAUUGGGCCAGCACAUUCUAGUUUCAUUCCAGAGAGACUCAGUGUGGAUAACAUAGUAGUAGUCCAGGAGGCUGUUCAUUCAAUGCGACGGAAGAAGGGCAAGAAGGGAUGGAUGUUACUCAAACUAGACCUGGAGAAGGCUUAUGACAGGGUGCGUUGGGACUUCUUGGAAGACACUAUGAAAGCAGCUCGGCUCCCGGAGAAGUGGAUCCAGUGGAUUAUGAAGUGCGAUUGUGGCCCGUCAAUGCAGUUACUUUGGAAUGGGGAGAAGGCUAAACCGUUUGUUCCAAUGAGAGGACUACGACAAGGCGACCCGCUAUCACCAUAUAUGUGUGUCCUCUGCCUUGAGCGUCUCUGCCAUCUUAUUGAUGUCUCCACAGCUAGAGGAGAGUGGAAACCGAUCAGAUUGUCUCGUGGAGGGCCUCAGCUCUCUCACAUUUUCUUUGCCGAUGAUCUCAUACUAUUUGCUGAGGCAUCUGUAGCUCAAAUCAGAGUCAUACGGCGAGUCCUUGAGCUCUUCUGCGCUGCGUCGGGACAAAAUGUUAGUUUGGAGAAAUCAAAAACCUUCUUUUCCCAGAAUGUCAGUAGAGAUUUGGAGAAGUUGAUCACAGAUGAAAGUGGGAUCCAAUCGAUGAGAGAGUUGGAAAAAUAUUUGGGGAUGCCGAUAUUGCAGAAACGUAUCAACAAGGACACGUUUGGAGAGAUCCUUGGAAGAGUCUCGUCACGUCUUACUGGCUGA